CAAGUGUCUAUCAGUUGCCUUCUCAUGAUGGUGUCUUCCGCUUGGCCGUGGCCUGAUCGGCGAACCAUACGUCUUUUCGUGCUGUUGGCGGCAUCACAGGCAUCCAAGCUUGCCUCUGCCCAAUGCACGCCAUCCACAGUUGUCGCUAAGAUCGGGAAUGUGACGAUCACCAACGGCGAGGUUGUCCGAGCCAUCCCGCUUGCAAUUGGAACUCCCGAGACUGAUUUCGCGUUCCUCCCACAAUGGCCUGCAAAUAACACGAUCGUUUAUGGGAGGGAUGGCUACUGCGGCGCGCGGUUUCCAGAGUCCCGACAAGCUUGCACAACCUGGCGAGGAGGGCAGUACGACGUGGAGCGCUCCGAAACAAAUACAAUACCGCCCCUCAAUGCGUACCCUCGCGAAGACAUAGGGGAGUAUCCUGAAAUGAACUUCUUCGCCGACACGGUGAGGAUCAACGACGAAGUAUCCUUAGCCGACUUGCCGCUCGCCAUGCCCAUCGCGACCGCUAUCAGUGACGGGCCGAUCAGCGUCUUUCACCCCAGAUUCGCCAUAGGACUGGGAAAGAACUCCACGAUGCUUAACCGCCUCUUGUCGAAGGGGUUGAUCAAGUCCCGCACUUGGAGUAUGUUUUGGGGCCUGUUCGGGGCCGAGGCCGAGAACCAGAUGGAUGGGAGCUUCAUCUUCGGCGGCUACGACACGGCCAAGGUGAAGGGACGGGGCUUCAAGCACACGAUGAGGGAGCCCUUCGACGAUUGUCCCACCGGCAUGAUGGUCACCAUCUCGGACGUGUCCGUCGAGUUCCCUAACGGUAGUAUCUCCACCCUGUUUCCAGAGUCUCGCUCAGCCGCCAUGAUGGCCUGCAUUCUCCCAGACUACCCGACGAUCUUGCAACUGCCCUUAGACCCGUAUUUCAAUACGUUCAAAGAUCUCACGGGCACCAACGUCACGACCGCCUCCACGGGUGGCACUAAUAUGAAUUCCAUGGUCUACAAGACGAGCGAGGGCGAGGAACCGUUCAAAGGAGAUCUGACUAUCACCUUGCAAUCUGGUCUCACGGUCCGCUUCCCCAGCCACCAGCUCGUCGUGCCGGAACGCACCAUCCAGCAGAACACAGGGAAAGUCGCCGUGGACGGCAGCAAUGCAAAUCUGCUGCUCACCCCCGAUGUCAACCCGAGCCUCAGCAAGCUCGGGCAGAUGUUUCUUUCCUCCGCGUAUCUCAUGGUGAACGAAGACGCCGAUGAAUUCACCCUUUGGGAAGCGAACCCCACCACCGAUGAGAACAUCGUAGCCCUAGACGAGAAUGGAGUCAAAAUCACCGAGUCCUGCGAGGGUGCACCAGAGGAGGAAAGCGAGACUCCGGGUCUUUCCACCGGUGCCAUCGCCGGCAUCGUCCUAGGCGUCAUUGCAGGAGUCGUUCUGGUCAUGAGCGGAAUCGUGCUAUUCCUCAGGAGACGGCGGCGGCUUAACCAGCCCUCAAUGGCGGCUGUGAGCAUUUCACGGCCUCUCUCCGGGGGCAGAGACGGCCGGCAAAUCUAUCACAAGUCCGAGCUUGCAGCAGAGGGGGGAUCCGCCGAGCUGGCGGGGAGCGAGUAUGAUCGCGAUGGCUACCGCAAGCCUGAGCUUGAGAAUACGGUGAAGCAGCUCUGGCUCAAGCCUGUUCCCGAAACCCCUCAACAUGAGUUACCCGGAUGAUUUACGCGCGUUGCGAAUAAAUUGACGAGAACAACGGCUAGCCGCAGUGGCAGAAACUUCUUCAUCGACACUUGAUCGCACACCGGCAUUUUUUGGACGAACCGACAUGUUUCAAAGAUGGGUUUAUCAGGUUUGCUAUACUCAACGUGCUGUUCUGGCGGACCUAGAAUUUCUCGAUUCGGUUCAUCUGAACCUCGUUGUACGAACGGCUUGUUUGAACGUCUUUCCAAAAGCAUGCAAAGUUCAUCAUAAUCAAGCUUGUAUUAUCAAGACUUAUACGAUAGAAAGAUGAGACUCC